AGCGCUAGUACCAAGCAGUCUCAACGGUUCAUCUCCAAACCCUCGGAGAGAACGAAUCCAUCUCCUUGCGAUUCUCCUUCCAAUUUGAGAUCAUGUCAAUCUUGAAAGACGUUGCAAUUCGUCGCCCUGUCUCAGCCACAAUCCGGCUCACUGUCCCAGCUGGAGCUGCUCGACCAGCCCCACCAGUGGGACCCGCCCUUGGUCAGUAUCGUCUAAACCUAAUGGCAUUUUGCAAGGAUUUCAACGCCAGGACUCAGAAGUACAAGCCUGAUACACCAAUGGCAGUCACAAUCACAGCUUUCAAAGACAACACUUUUGAGUUCACCGUCAAGUCUCCUUCAGUCACUUGGUAUCUUAAAAGAGCUGCUGGAAUUGAGUCAGGAAGCACUCGGCCUGGUCACAUUGUUGUAUCCAGUAUAACUCUUAAGCAUGUUUAUGAGAUUGCGAAGCUGAAGCAAACUGACCCAGGUAGUCAGCACAUGUCGAUUGAGGCUAUAUGCAAGUCUAUUAUUGGUACUGCCAAUAGCAUGGGUAUUCAAGUCGUGAAAGAGCUUUAAAUCGUAUCACCGUGAGUGUUUUUUUGAUUAAAUUUUAUCAUCGUAAUUUAUAAAUUGUUUUACUUUGUGUGUACUUGCCAGAUUGCUGCCUUAUAUUUUAGUGUAACUGGUGUCAGUAUGCAUCUGUAUGCUCAUCUAACUGUAAGUGGGGAAAUUUAUUUUUGUCAUGUCAUUGUGAAACCUUAAUGAGGUGGUCACUGUGUGCUUAACAUUGUCAUAAUCAGUGAUUAUACCAUGGUUUUUGUGGAUGUAAGAUGUUAUUUUUACUAGUGAUGCGAAGUUUACUUCUGAA